AUGCUGGCAUCAAAUGUUAUUAUUCUGUUAGCAAUCAAGAAUAUCGUCACUUGUGGUCGCAUUGAUUGGGAAGUAGAAAAAAGUUCUUCAUUCUGGUAUGAACAAGCUCAAUUAUCAAUUGAAGAAGCAUUGAAUCGUCGUGAUAAUACUCGAAUAGCUAAAAAUGUUAUUCUAUUUUUGGGUGAUGGUAUGGGUUUGUCAACUGUUACAGCCGGUAGAAUUCGAAAAGGACAAAGAAAAGGACAAUUAGGUGAAGAUUUCCUCACUGAAAUGGAGCAAUUUACUAAUUUAGGCUUAGCAAAAACAUAUAAUAUCGAUCGUCAAAUACCAGACUCAGCAGCAACAGCAACAGCUUAUUUAUGUGGCGUUAAAGCCCAAUUCGGCACAUUAGGAGUUGAUGGACGUGCAAAACGAUCAAACUGUUCUCAUUCAGUUGGUACGAAUGUGACAAGUAUUCUUGACUGGGCUCAACAAGCUGGUAAAAAAGUCGGUAUAAUAACGACGACUCGUAUAACCCAUGCAACACCAGCUGCUGCUUAUGCUCAUUCAGCUGAGCGUGAUUGGGAAGGUUAUGAUUCAAAAAAAUUUGGUAUUCGUGAAACUCGAGAAGGCUGUCGUGAUAUUGCUCAUCAACUUGUAUCACGUUCACCACCAAUUGAUCUUGUAUUUGGUGGCGGACGUCGAUACUUUUAUCCCAACACAAUGGCUGAUGUUGAGAACCCAAAAUUAAGUGGUAGUCGUACUGACAAUCGAUCUCUUAUUGAUGAAUUUUGGCAUGGCCGCUUUAUUUGGAAUAAAAACCAAAUGGACAAAAUUGUUUUAGGCACAUCAACACCAUUAAUGGGACUAUUCGAGUAUAAUCAUUUGUAUUUUGAAACCGAUCGAAUAGUCAACAGAACUGAUAAACCAAGUUUAUCACAAAUGACCAAAUUUGCAAUAGAACAUUUUUUAAAUAUGAAACAAAAUGGUUUUUUCCUACUAAUCGAAGGUGGCAGAAUUGAUCAUGGACAUCACGAUACAAAAGCGAGAUAUGCACUUGAUGAAUUUGUCGAAUUCGAUGAUGCUAUUGGACAAGCUGUAGAAAUUUUAAAAGAAAAAGAUCUUUUAAAUGAUACAUUACUUGUUGUUACUGCUGAUCAUUCACAUGUAUUUACAAUAGGUACAUAUUCUACACGUGGUUCAAAUAUUUUAGGUUUUGGAUCAUUGGAGUCGCUUAAUGUGAGUGAAAUCGAUGCAUUCCCUGUCAAUAUCAUCGCAUAUGGAAAUGGGCCUAAUUUUCCUUCACCUCGAAAUGAAAGUUAUUUCUCUUCAAUUGAUACGAAUGCAACUAGUUACUUGUCACCAGCUGCUAUGCCACUAAGCAGUGAAACUCAUGGAGGUGAAGAUGUGCCUGUGUAUGCUCGUGGACCAUGGAGUCAUUUAUUCAUUGGAACGAUGGAACAACAUACAAUUGCACAUAAAAUGGCGUAUGCAGCAUGUUGGGGUGCCUAUAAAAAUAGGAAUGGAUGUCAAUCAUUUACAGAAUCAACAACAACAAAGAUGACGCUUCCAAAACCCAACGCUUCACCUUCAAUUAGUACAUUCAACUUUAUUAGAAUAAUAAUUCUUUUAUUACUUAUUCUUCUAUUCGUAUAA